AUGGAUGAUCUGAUGACUCGUUUUGCAGCCCACUUUGCCUUAACCAAUGAGGAACAUGCUGGACUAGUGGUAGAACAACAUAAGGUCAAAGAUCUGCUAACUUCAAAGUUCUUACUUGUGGGCAAACUAACCCGGAAACCAUAUAAUAAGGAGUCUUUCAAGCGCAUAAUGGCGUCCUUGUGGCACCCAAAGGCACAAGUCCAGAUUAUCGAUAUGGAGGAGGACAGGUUUGUGUUCUUGUUUCAGACCCAGGGGGCUCGCGACACUAUCAUGAGGGGUGGACCCUAG